CCUUUGGUGGUAGUGUUGUUCCUCAAACUGUAACUGAUGCCGGUCGGAAUGCUUGUUUCGCUUCGAGCACAAGCGAAAUUCGUCCUUCAAAUUCGUCAUUUGCUGAUUCAGCUGAGGUAGAUAAUGUAGUCCCCUGCAGUUCAGGUUGUGACGAGCUUGCCGGUUCCAGAGCAAGUCCCGUUCCAAUCACUGCCGCUGUUACACCCAGUCGAUCUUCAUCUUUCGAUACUGGCAAUGUUCACCAGACACAGAGUCAGCGCACAAGCAGUGUGAAUGGUCGGCGUAUAGUGGAGAUUGAUCACUUCUUCUCGUCUUUGCAAAGUUUGUCGGUACAUAGUCCGUUUGGUUGCGGCCUGGCUGACAUGGAAAUUGUAUCAGAACAUCGGCGAGGUCUGUGUAGCUCUUUCAGUUUGAAGUGCAGGAUGUGUCUGAGGAAAGAUGUAGUCACAACAGAGGCACCAGUUGAUCAACUUGUUCAACAACGCAUGGACGUCAAUUCCUCAGCAGUGAACGGUAUCGUGUCUAUAGGUUCUGGUUUCUCAGGCCUUCGCGAGCUCCUAGGUGCUCUGGACAUACCCGGCAUGGCUGGUAGCACGUACAGUAAGUAUCAGGAUAUUGUUGCUAAAGGAAUCGACGAAACAGCUUGGGAAGAAAUAAGAAAAGCAGGCAUUGAGGAAGCUCGGUUAGCUAGGGAGGCUGGGGACGUCGAUGCUGACGGUUUUCCUAUAAUUACGGUCGUUGCCGAUGGUGCUUGGUGCAAACGUUCAUACAAGAACAAGUACGACGCUCUUUCUGGCUUGGCUGUAAUUGUUGGGUACCGCACAAAGAAAGUACUGUUCCUAGGCGUCCGGAACAAAUUUUGUACACUGUGCGCAAGUUCCAAGGCAGGGUCGAGCCCAAAAAAGCAUCUGUGCUUCAAGAACUGGGACAGCAGCUCUACCAGUAUGGAGAAGGAUAUCGUCGUUGAAGGCUUCAGGCGCAGCAUUGAGUUGCACGGGGUAAAGUACUUGCAGUUGAUCGCUGACGGUGAUUCGAGCACAUACAAGUCAAUUCUUGAAGCUGCACCGUACCAGCAUCAGGUAGUUCAGAAGGUAGAAUGUCGCAACCACCUUCUUCGAAACUAUGUAAGUCGUCUUCGAGAUGUUGCUUUGGCAAAGAGAACAACCCCCAUUCCCCCAUCGUUGAAGAAGCUACUUCUGGAUAAUGCUGUUCGACUAAGAGUUGGAGUUGCUAGGGCUAUUCACUAUCGCAAAGAGCAGGCCGAGUUCAGCAAACAAGAUCAGAUUCGGAACCUGGUGGCUGAUAUCCGUAAUGGGCCACUCCAUGUGUUCGGCGACCACGCAAAAUGUGCGGGUUACUUUUGCAGUGGUCCAAAAGAAGGGGAAGUCAAUCACGUCCCAGAGCUCAGGAAAUGCGGACUUUUCAAUGAAAUCCUUGUAGCGAUGAGUCGUUUGGCAAACAAUGGUAGCAGCUUGAUCCUUGACGUUAACAAUAAUGCUGCAGAACAUUUCAAUUCUCUCGUUGCAAAGUUUUCUGGCGGUAAAAGAAUAAACUUUUCCCAGAGGGGAUCAUUCGGAAUGCGGGCUUCAGGAGCUGUCGUGUCUUUCAACUCUAAGCAGUACCAUCGUGCUCUACAUAAGGCAGUGUACAACACCAGCCCUGGGAAGUAUGCAAAAAUUAUGCUGAAGCGUAAAGCAGCUGUUCGUGCUGCUUGCAUAAGGCAUCGGAGUUCUGGGGCUGCUCGCUGUAAGCGUUCACUUGAAGGUGCGCCUUGCAAGCGUGCUUCCAGCGACAACCACUAUGGUUCCAUAGUGGAUGCUCCAGACAUGAACCACGAUGACUAUGUUGAAGCUGCUGCGGCGUACAAGGAUUCCCUUGUGCUCUCCCAACCAGAUGCAGAGCAGCUCGAGGCUGAUACUCGAGGUCAAGAAGGGAGAACUUUGUGGAUGCAGGAGAGGCGAAAGCGACUCACCGCUUCUAAUUUUGGCAAGGUAUGCAAGAUGCGAGAUGCAACGAGCAGUGCAAGUACUGUUCGUUCCUUGCUCUAUGGUCAUUUUGACACUGAGGCUCUCCGAUAUGGUCGCGACACUGAGCCCAUUGCAAUUGCUAAGCUGCAGGAUGAGUUAGGGGUGACUGUUUCACCAUGCGGCCUUGUUGUUGAUCAGGAGUUUGCAUACCUUGCUGCAACACCUGAUGGGCUUGUCGGUGAUGACACUGUCGUGGAAGUGAAGUGCCCUUAUUCGGCUCGGCCCCUUACCCCUGUGGAGGGAGUGCGGGCAAAAAAAAUCACCUUUUGCACUAUUGAUAACUCUGGUAAUAUUUCGUUGAAGGAAAACCAUGACUACCACUAUCAGGUGCAGGGACAGCUCCACAUCACUCGACGUCAGUUUUGUCUUUUUGUGGUAUAUUCUGGCGAGGAAAUUUUUGUCCAGAAGAUCGAGAGAAAUGAUGGCUUCUGGAGCAAAAUGAUUGGCCACCUUCAACUGUUCUACUCGCAUAGCCUUCUACCGGAGUUGGUUGACCCUCGUCAGUCCCGUGGGCUGCAGCUCAGAGAUAACAAGAAGAGUGACCAUCAGGUUGCCUCGCUCUGUGAUGCCGCCAAAACAACUUCCAAUCAGGGCGAUUCAUCCAGAAAGAGACGGAAGACUGGUAAAGAUAACUCACCUGCCGCUGUUCUGUAAUUAUGGCUAGACUGUGGAUUUACGUGUCAUUUAGUUUGUGCGGCUCCACCUUUGCCAAGUGUUUUAAUGCAUAUUCAUCCAUUUUGCUUCAUAAUUUACUGAAUGUUUUUCCAUAUACAUGUCUUCGACUUUGGCUCAGGCUGCAUAUCUUCACGUUUGUGUUUCAUAUUUAAGUUACCUUUUUCCAUUUUUACUGUGCAUAUCUGUGCAUAUUUUUCAAUUUUCCUAAAUAUUUAUAUUAAUAUAUUUCUAUGUAUAAAUCCACAGACUAGUCGUGCGAUGCUUGUCAUAUUUUAAACAUGGCGUAAGAGUGUGAAAUCUGAAUCCAGCCAUCAGCACGUGAGGAUC